AUGUCGAAAUCAACAUCGCGCGUGGUCUUUGUGGGCAACAUUCCCUACGGUCUAUCCGAGGAACAGAUCACCGACAUAUUCAGCAGUGCUGGCAAGGUCCUGAACUUCCGUCUCGUAUAUGAUAGGGAAACGGGCAGGCCCAAAGGCUUUGGUUUUGCAGAAUACCCCGAUCAUGACUCUGCGGCGUCCGCGGUCCGAAACCUCAACGACUAUGAAACCAUGGGCCGGAAACUAAGGGUCGACUUUUCGAACGAAGGGGGCGGAGACAAUGAUAAUGACGGCCACCCUCACAGCCACACACGCGACGGUGGCUCCAACGGCUACGGACAAUCUGCACCAGCACCUUCCCAAGGCAGCUCGCUGCCUCCCUUGCCCCCGGGCAAAGAUCUUCCCCCAAAUGUCACUGCGACCGACGCUAUCUCGCGAACUCUCAAUACUUUGCCACCGUCGCAGCUCUUGGACAUUCUCGGCCAAAUGAAGGCACUAGCUGUUUCCGAUCCAGGACGAGCCACCGAAUUACUACAGCAAGCACCUCAGCUUUCCUAUGCCAUCUUUCAGGCGUUGCUUCUCAUGGGUCUCGUCUCUCCCGAAUCUAUCCAUUCAGUGUUGGAUUCCAGUGCGCCCGUUCCACAGCCAGUCACAGCUGGUUACCCACCUCAACAGGGCGCAAUUUACCCCCCAGUGCCGGGAGGCGCCAAUAACACGCCCCCGGUAGCAGCUACGCCCUACGCUGCCCCCCCUCAAGCGGCUCCCUAUGGUGCCAUCCCGCCUGCUCCUGCGCCACCCCCAGACACCGAGGCACUGGUGCGGCAGGUUAUGGAACUACCCAUGGAGACGAUCAACCUCCUCCCCGAGGCGGAGCGCGCUCAGGUUCUCGCUCUGCGUGCUCAGUUCGGUGGACAGCGAAGAUAA